AUGAAUGAUAAUAUAAAUCAUUCGAAUUCGGAUAAUUAUUCAAUACCUGUUAUUUUAAUUGAAGAAUAUUAUGGUUCUCAACCGAUACGUGGACAUUCAGGUGAACGAACUCCAAUCAGUAGUCAUGUUGGAUCAAUUACAAGUGAUGAGUUAAGUGUAACAAGUAGUCAAACAAGUCAAAAACAAAAAUCACAUUUAUCUGGUCGUAGACUACGCUUAAGAUUACAAGCUUUAUUGAAAUCAAAAACCGAUAAACAACAAAAACAACAACAACAAUUUAACACAAAUAUCGAGAGUGAUCCAAGUGAAUUGACCACUGGUUCAUCUUCUUAUGCUAAUAGUGUUUAUCCAAGUAGACACUUAUCAACAGAUGGUUAUGAUGGAACAAAGUCAGCCAAUUAUGAUGCCAUACCACCAGUGCCCAAAUUCAAUGAAACCAGUCCUGAACGUAAUUCUGAAAACGAGUUUAAAUACAGCGGUAGGGCUGAUGAUGAUCAUGAUGACGAUAGUGAAGAUAUUAGUGAACGGGAAAGAAAAGGCGAUAAUCAUACAGAAUUAUUAUCACCGUCUUAUUUCACAAAAUAUGCAAUAAAAAGUAUUAAAAGGACACAACCGAAACAUCAUGCUGAUACACUGUAUGAAAGACAUCAUGUUAUUUUGGAAGAAAAAGCAUUAAUGAAUACUGCGAAUACUUCUACAGGUGGACAUCAUGGUCAUCAUCACAAUCAUCACAAUCAUCAUCAUCAUCACCAUCACCAUCAUCAUCAUAAAACUCGAUCAAAUAAAAAUUUAACCUCAACAUUACGAAAUGUUUUACAGAAAGACAAUAAUUCCAAGUCUUCUGUAGCUAGAGAAACAAUGGAAAAAAAUAAUCCAGUAAGUUUAACUGAGCAUAAAUGCUUUUUUUGGAUUUUUUGA